ACGAAAUAAAUAUUUUUAUUUUGCUUCAUAAUUGAGUCGGUGUUUUGUUUUUUGUUGUAAUAAAGUUUCUUCUGCAAUGGAUACUGCUUUCAGAUACGUUCACAGCAGCGAAGUUCUUCAAAAGCUUCAAAUAAAAAUAGGAACUUUAGAAGGCGAACGACAAUCAUGCUCGUAUGAAAAGCUUCUUCAACAACCGUUAUUGAAAUUUUCUGGUCUCAACUCGGAGAAAUUUCCAGCAUUAAAAGUUAGUAUUCAUGUAUAUGAUGACGAAAAACCUAUGGGCCUACCUGUAACUACAUCAUAUAAAUGUUUUUCCAGUAGAUGGAGUUGGAAUGAAUGGUUGACAUUACCUAUUCUCUUCAGUGAUUUAUCUCGUUACUCGGUCUUGGCAAUAACUAUAUUUGAUUGUGCAGGAAAUCAAGCUGAUGAAACCAUUGUUGGAGGAACGUCGAUAUCACUGUUUGGAAAAACUGGAAUGUUCAGACAGGGCUUAUACGACUUGAAAAUAUGGCCGGAAGUAAAAGGUGACGGCAAAUAUACAUCGGCAACACCCGGUAAAUGUAACGACUUCUGUAAUGAUCAAAUGCAACGACUGUCAAAACUUGCGAAGAAACACAGAAAUGGACAAAUAGAAAAGGUAGACUGGCUUGAUCGUUUAACAUUCAGAGAAGUAGAGCUGAUUAAUGAAAGGCAGAAAAGGAAGUCACAUUUUCUGUAUCUAAUGGUGGAGUUUCCAGAAUUAUCCAUAGAAGAUAAACCGUGCUUUGUCGUGUAUUAUGAUCCAGAUGGUGACAAUAAACAUUGUUUUGUUUCAAAACCCAAAUUAGUGACUGUACCGGAUUCUGAAACACUACAGGAAAAUCUGGUGGAACGUAAGCAUCAUCGACUAUCUCGAUCAGCUAGAUCUGGUCUUUCGGACCGUGAUGCCAAACCAACUGCAAGUGUGCGUGAUUUAUUACAUUCUAUUGUUUACCGCUAUUCGCCGACAUCGUUGUUGAGUAGCGAAGAACAAGAUCUGAUAUGGAAAUAUAGGUUCUACCUCAGUGCUCAGAAAAAAGCUUUGACCAAGUUUUUAAAAUGUGUCAAUUGGGAAACAGGUACAGAAGUGCGUCAAGCACUGACAUUGCUGGCGAAAUGGGCACCAAUGGAUGUCGAGGACGCACUUGAACUUCUGAACUCUUCGUUUAAUCAUCCAACUGUCAGACGGUACGCAAUAUCACGUCUAGAUCAGGCUCCGGACGAAGACUUGUUACUUUAUUUGUUACAGCUUGUUCAAGCUUUAAAGUAUGAACAUUUUGAUGAAAUAUUCAAAUCGUACAACAAAGAUAAAGAUGUUCUGAAAUCUAUGGAAGAUAAUUCUAACGAAAAUAAUUUUGAAAUUUUUUCAGACACGGAAGAAAAAAUGUCGAUAUAUCAGUCGGAUGGACUUGAUACAACGGUGCAUAACGAAACAAAUAGUAUCGCGUUAUCGAAAGAAGUUUUUCAUAUGGACACAUCAAGCCCUUUCAAUCUGGCAACGUUUUUAAUUCAGCGGGCAUGUAAAAACUCGACCUUGGCAAAUUACUUAUAUUGGUACUUAUCAAUUGAAUGCGGUGAGGAAUCCGCCAGAAAACAAGAUCAACGAGUUCGAGAAAUGUACGUCACAGUGUUAAAAAUGUUUCUUCAGCAACUGUCAACUGGGAGCGCUGAAUUGAAAGUAAUAUUCCAUAACCUUAAUGAGCAGCAAAAAUUUAUUGACAAUUUAGUGAAACUAAUUAAAAUCGUUGCCAAAGAGACAGGCAAUAGGAAGAAAAAGACAGAGAAAUUCCAAUUUUUGCUAUCGGAUACCGAUGCUGUGAAAAUUAAUUUCACUAAGUUUGAACCACUCCCGUUUCCGUUAGAUCCUGAUGUUCGAAUUCGUGGAAUUAUUCCAGAGAAAGUAACGUUGUUCAAAAGUGCACUAAUGCCUUCAAAACUGACAUUUCUAACCACAGGCCCCACUGAGUAUGUGGCAAUUUUCAAACAUGGAGACGAUUUAAGACAAGAUCAAUUAAUCCUACAAAUGAUAACAUUAAUGGAUAAACUGUUGCAGAAAGAAAACUUGGAUUUAAAACUAACGCCAUACCGCGUUUUAGCAACUAGUUCGAAGCAUGGAUUUAUGCAAUAUGUGGAAUCAAUAACGGUGGCAGAGGUACUGAAUGCUGAAGGAAGUAUACUUAACUUUUUCCGGAAACAUCAUCCCUGUGAGGCAGGUCCUUACGGUAUUCUUGCUGAUGUUAUGGACACAUAUAUUAAAAGCUGCGCUGGGUACUGUGUAAUAACUUACUUGUUAGGUGUAGGAGAUCGUCACUUGGACAACCUUCUUCUAACAGAUACUGGCAAAUUGUUUCAUAUCGAUUUUGGUUACAUUUUGGGCCGAGACCCAAAACCAAUGCCUCCACCAAUGAAACUUAGCAAAGAAAUGGUUGAAGCUAUGGGUGGAUUGUAUUCCGAACACUACCACGAGUUCCGAAAACUUUGUUAUACUGCUUUUCUACAUCUACGGCGUCAUGCAAACGUCAUGCUCAAUUUAUUUGGCCUAAUGGUCGAUGCAUCAAUUCCGGAUAUCGCUCUGGAGCCGGAUAAGGCAGUCAAAAAAGUAGAAGAUAAUUUACGUUUAGAUCUUUCUGAUGAAGAAGCUGUACAGCACUUGCAAAACCUUUUAGACUUUUCAAUAACAGCAGUCAUGCCAGCAUUGGUUGAGCAAAUUCACAAAUUAGCUCAAUAUUGGAGAAAAUGAAUAACACAUGUAAUUAGUCCUAUACGUAUCGAUUUUCUUUUUCGCUGUGAGCAAUGGAUAAGAAACAGAAACCCCAGUCCCGCAUACGAAAACUGUUUUUAAUUAUUUUCCGCUGUCCCUAUGUUGGUAUCAUUUCUAGUUGACAGAAACUUUCAAAAUCAAAAAAAACCCGAACUCUAAAAUCUUGUAAACAGUUGAAUAUAUUUUAACUUUAAUCAAAUACACUACCCGUCAUAAGUUUGUAAUCACUUUAAUAAGUAUUCACUGUAUCGAUUUAUGUAAUAAGUUCUGUAACACCCAUAUUGAAUAUUGCAACACCCCCCGAAAAGUUGAGCAUCAUCUAGGAAAGGCUGAAUUCAAGAUGCCCUAUCUCGAAAUCGUGACUAUCGACAUAUUUCUCGACAAACAUAUGAUUACGGCGUAAAAUGCCAACUGUCAAAAUUUGAAAAUUGCAGACAAACCGUUACUCGCCAAUCACAGAUGUUGGUAGUAACUAAAGAUAAAUUUUUUCUCUUCAUAAACUGCUAGGAACUGUGUUCGGCCAGUAACGGUUUGUCCGGAAUUUUCCUUCAAAGAGAAUUGGGCUUUUACGUUGUAAUCAUAUGUUUGUCGAGAUUUGAUCUAUUCAGCAAAGUUAGGGUAAGGUGGGGCAGAUCCGACCGUUGGGUAAACCCGACCAUCCUCUGUUAUCGAAAAUCGGAAGCAUUGCGCGAACUAAUAUCAAUGUUGUCGUGUGGAGCAUCGAAAAUAAUCGGAAUGGUGGCAUGACAGCAUUUUAUUAGUCUACAUUGAGAUGCUCAAACGACAAUAAGUGUGUUUUUACAACUUUUGAUUUGAUUUAUGUGCGUCAUUGACUUCAGGAUAUUUCAGAUUGUUAAUGUGAUUGCAUAAAAAAAUGUAAGUGAAUCUAAAUUCUUUGAUUAAAGUCCUACAAAGUGCAUAGAUGAAGUUUGUCCAACUUUUUUCAUAUUUUUUUUUAAUUGCAUCGUAAUAAAAAAUAACUCGAUGGGGCAAAUCCGACCUCUAAAUCGUGGGGUAAAUCCGACGGCUUUUUUGCUAAGAAAAUGUUUAUAUAUCAAAUUGAAAUAUAUUUUUAUUAUUAUAA